AUGGACCACACGAGGAUUUUGUUUGGCUGCCUCUCUUUGCUUUGCUUCAGCUGCCCAAUAGUUGAUGCGAACCAUGGGUACAAGAGCUCUCGCCCAUGGCUUCCUCGCACCGCCCCCACCAAUUUGGUGACAGCAGAUGCGCUGGUCUCUCAAGAUGAGCUCCCUGAAGCCUUCGACUGGAGAAAUGUAGGUGGGCAGAACUUCGUGACUAGCGACGUGAACCAACACAUUCCCCAGUACUGUGGAUCUUGCUGGAUUCAUGGAACCACUGCUGCGCUCAAUGACCGCAUCAAGGUCAUGCGCAAAGGACAGUUCCCGGAUGUCAUGCUGGCAAGGCAAGUCUUGAUGAAUUGUGUGCCAGAUCCCACCGCCAAUGUCAGCGCCCCUCCGCCCGGAUGCAACGGCGGAGACCCCUGGAUGAUCCACAAGUAUCUGAAGGAGAAUGACGUGCCGGAUGAGACUUGCAUGCCAUAUCAGGCCCGAAACAUGCAAUGCACUCCUGCGGACCAGUGCCGGAACUGCUUGUCGAAGCAUGGCUGCUGGCCCAUCAAAACCUGGACAGGGUACGGCGUUAGUUCGUUUGGCAAUCUGUCUGGGGAGGUGGCAAUGAUGAAGGAGAUCUAUGCAAGAGGACCUAUUGUCUGCUCGUUUGCAACGGAUGACGUGUUCAUGAUGAACUACAGCAAGGUUGCCUCAGAAAAUGAUGGAGUGUACACUUCCAACAAAAAAUAUACCGAUGAUGAUAUAGAUCACAGCAUGGAGGUAGCUGGGUGGGGCAAGACAGCUUCCGGAACAAAGUAUUGGAUCAUACGCAACAGCUGGGGGACCUACUGGGGCAGCAGCGGCUGGUUGAAAUUGAAGCGCGGUGUCAACAUGCUUAUGAGCGAGUCUCAGUGCGACUGGGCUGUUCCAAGAUUUCCUGAGUUGGACGAAGUGCUCGCAGGCCACGUGCUAGGCAGCUACAUAUCCAAGCCGUCACGGCUGAGAUAUACUCGUAGCUGCGACAUCUUGGAUUCCACCUUGGAGGAGCCCCUGGCAUACUACAAGUCCUUGGAGCCAAUCAAGCCUCACUGGCCACGUGCAUGGCGAAGGCUGCAUCUGGUUGACGGCAUCCGAGUCAGAGACAUGGAUACUGUAGUCGUUGAGUCUCGCAACAGCCUCUCCAAGACAAAGAAGGGCCUCUUGAGGUCCUCCAGCGGGACAGUGACAUACUCCAGCACACAUCGCCUGAAGGUUGACCUGGAUGCGCAAGAGAUUGCCUAUAUUCUCGGUGAUGGAGUGCCAGGAGGCGGCCAUGCGUGGACGCCAUCCAGGCUAGCUGUCGAGUUCAGAACAAGAACUGGCAGACCCGGCGUGUGGAUGCACUACGAUAUUGGGCUAGCCUCCUUUCUCCUCCUCUUCCCGAAGACCUUCGAAGUGUUCGGACCGGCGAACGAAUAUGUGCGCCUCGUGCGAAAGAAUUGCCGAACACUCCUUGACAACGUGGAGGAUGCUAUGGUGCGGCUGGCAAUGGGCCGCGAGGAUGGACGGAUCCACUACAACAUAGCAGACAGUGCUUUCCAGGGUACGGAAGACAAGUGGAUCAAGCACAUGGACGAUCUGAGCUUCGCCAGCGCCAGCCCAAAGGCUCACAUCCUCCCUCGGCUGACCACACACCGACUGAAGGCGGCCUAUGUGAAGUCGAACGAAGCCGCAGCAGCACCGGAGAGGACAUCCAAAUCUGACGCUCUAGGAUUCGGCAACCUCGGCUGA